CCCGCGUCCCGUUCUCACAAACAAGGCGGCUGAACCAUUUCGGACGGGGUUCCAUAGCCACGCCCCCCUCCGCUGCAACCAAGUGGUUCGCCCCUAAGCCAAUUGGGCGCGUCCAUUCGCAAAAGCGGGGGAGGAGCCGGAGGAGGAGGAGGCGUGGCCACCCCUCCAAGUGCGCGGGUGGUACGUCCCGCCUCCGCUUCUUGGAAGCCUUUCGGGCGAAACCAACUGGAGAAAAAGGGGGGACUGAGAAGAAGAAGAGAUCAAUUUUUUUUUGGUUUGUUUUAAAGAGGAGGGGAAAAAUUAAAGAUUAAAAAUAAAGAAGGCGGAGAGAAAGGAGGAAGGCUAAGAUGGCGUCGGCGGGGCCUGAGUCUGAGUCAGGGGCACCAGGAACAGCGACCUUUAAAAAACCACUCGAGGUGGCAGGCUCCUCUGGGUAUUCCUCACAGACCAUCAGGAAGGGACACCGAGGGGUGGAUUCUACUGGCGAAACCACAUACAAAAAGACCACUUCUUCAGCUCUCAAAGGUGCCAUCCAACUCGGGAUCACCCACACCGUGGGCAGCCUGAGUACCAAGCCCGAGCGAGAUGUCCUCAUGCAAGAUUUCUAUGUAGUUGAAAGCAUCUUCUUCCCCAGCGAAGGCAGCAACCUAACCCCAGCCCACCACUACAAUGACUUCCGCUUCAAGACGUACGCCCCUGUCGCCUUCCGCUAUUUCCGUGAGCUCUUUGGGAUCCGGCCGGAUGACUACCUGUGUUCCCUUUGCAGCGAGCCCCUCAUUGAGCUGUCGAACUCUGGGGCCAGCGGCUCCAUCUUCUACGUCUCCAGUGACGAUGAGUUCAUCAUCAAAACAGUUCAGCACAAGGAGGCUGAGUUCUUGCAGAAGCUGCUGCCAGGCUACUACAUGAACUUGAACCAAAACCCCCGGACGCUGCUGCCCAAAUUCUAUGGCCUCUACUGUGUUCAGGCCGGGGGCAAGAACAUCCGGAUUGUGGUGAUGAACAACCUGCUGCCCCGCUCAGUCCGCAUGCACCAGAAAUACGACCUGAAGGGCUCGACCUACAAGCGCCGGGCCUCUCAGAAGGAGCGUGAUAAAGUCUUCCCCACCUUCAAGGACCUGGACUUCAUGCAAGAUGUCUCUGAGGGGCUUUUCCUGGAUGCUGACAUGUACACUGCCCUCUGCAAGACCCUGCAAAGGGACUGUUUGGUCUUGCAAAGCUUCAAAAUCAUGGAUUAUAGUUUAUUGGUGGCAGUCCACAACUUGGACCUGGCUCAGCGGGAGCGGGCUGUAGUGGACGGGGCGGCACAAGCGGACACACGCCGGCCAGCAGCCCAGAAGGCCUUGUACUCCACGGCCAUGGAGUCCAUCCAAGGCGAGGCCAGGCGAGGCGGCACCAUUGAAACCGACGACCAGAUGGGAGGGAUCCCUGCACGGAACGCCAGGGGAGAGAGGCUUCUGAUCUAUGUGGGGAUCAUCGACGUCCUGCAGUCUUACAGGUUCCUUAAGAAGCUGGAGCAUUCAUGGAAAGCGCUUGUUCAUGAUGGGGACACGGUGUCGGUCCACAGGCCCAGCUUCUAUGCAGAAAGGUUUCAGCGCUUCAUGUGCAACGUGGUGUUCAAGAAGAUCCCUUUAAAAUCUUCUCCUUCGAAAAAAAGCCGGUCGGGCGCAGCACCCCCUCGGCGACCAGGCCAGGCCGGACCCCCUUCGCAGGCGCAAGCCCUGUGCGAAUCCAAAGUGCAGUUCACGAUGGAGGCAGAGGUCGAACCAGGUUCCCAGCUGGGCCGCCCCGACCUUCUCCCCCGGACUCCACCUGUUGAGGAAGCCAACAGUGACUCUGCUGCCACCACUUUGUCCAACUCCUCUCUAGGGAGCCGAGGCCACAAUUCACCUGCCAACAGGUCUCAGGGAGAGAUAGUUCCAGAACCGUUUCCGACCAUGACGGCCCUUAGCGCCUGCACCGCUAGGUCAGAGAGAGAAGAAUUUCUCAGUUCAGACAACUUAUCUGCGGAGGUAGCUAGCUCAGCAUGCUUUCAAUGCUUCUCCAGGACCCUCCGCGCCAGGAAGGCCGUCUGAGCUGACGGAGCACUUCGAAGAGUUGCCAGAGACAGAGAUCAGCUUUUGAAAGACCCAGGGGAACGGUUCCUUUCUCCCCCUCCUUUUUUUACACACAAGCGGAAGACUUUCUCUGCGCUUCGCCCGGUUGGAGGGCUGGCGAAUCUCCCGCUGGUUCCCCGCUAGACCACCGAUAUCUUGGGACUCUUCCUAGUUGGUUUGGGGUCUGAACGGACCAGAAGGCUCAGCUGCGUCACGCAUGGAUAUGUUGAAACCUCCUCGACCCAGGUACCCCCCAACUUGGGUGAAGGGACGCUCGCCCCCCGAGCGCGGCGGGGGUCCGAGAGACCACGAUUUGAGAAGGGGCUGGCGUUCUUCCGUAUGGCCAGAAACCCGAAACGGAGGCGGCGCAUUCGAACGGAGCUCCUUUGGACACCGCAAACCGCCUCUCCUCUUUCCAAGAGGAGUGGAAUUAGCACCGGGGGAUUGUGUGUGUGUGUGUUGGUGUUGCAAAAUAUGAACAAUAUCUUUUGUAUUGUGGUUUAAACUGGGUUCCCUCCCUUCCCAGGUUGCCAUAUCAGGGUGGUUGCUUGUUUUAAGUUUUAGGCCAAGAUUUUGAAUCGACGCAACUAAGAGUCUAAGGAGGAGAUGGGGUUUUUUUCGGUCUCCUUUUUGAAGGGGAGCCGUACGGAAAGGUUUUUGGGGUGGAAGGAAGCUGCACCGUUUCCCAUCUUGAAUUAAAACCAAAACCAGGGGCUGCUCCUCGCCUUCAGAAGCUGUUACAAGGAAAGGGGGUCUCCUCUUUGGUCCCUUUAUAUCCCCAAAUUUUUGGUGGUGGUUUUAAACCGCUGUGCAUCUGCUCCGAAGCUGCCAAGAACAGCAAGCCUUUAGGGUUUUACACAUGGACCAAACUUUUCCCUUCCUUCCCCUUCGUAAGCGAGGAAGGCUAUUCCCAUUUUCGCAGUAUUAAAGCCCUUUAAAGGGCUCAGAUGUUUCCUUUUUUUAAAAUAAUAAUCUAAAUUCACUGGUUUCUGUUGGGAUUUUUAAAUAUAGAUAUAUAUCUAUAUUGCUCAGAUCCUUUGAGUCUUUCCAAUGCUUUUCAUUAUCUCGAAAUGGCCAGCUCUUUGCUUCCUCUCUCCUUUUCAAUCUAGUUUGGAUUCCCCCCCCCCUUUUAAAACCAUUUCACUGGUUUAUUUGUUUAAAGAUCGCCAACCGUUUGGACGGCGUUUGGGAGAUGACCGUCAUCGGUGCCGCUUUUAUCUCCCUGCGUUCAAAGGAUGUGCAUCGUGCCGAUAACGUUUUUUAAAAAUAGGAAAAUAUAUAGUCUACUUUUUUAGGAAAAAGGAGAUAAACUAUAGCCUUUCCUCCCCAACAAUAGUUUUAUAUCUUCUUUUGGUCUACAAAGACGAGGUGCAAAGUGCUAGUAAAGAGGCAGGGUCUUUUUCCCCCCUUUUAGCUUUUUAUGUCCAGCUGAGACUAAACUGCCUCUCUCCAAACUUGAAGCGAAAGAAAAGGAUGUUUCGUUGGGGGGGUCUUUGCAUUUGUUCAGAGAACGUCAGAAGGUGAAAUCGCCAUCCCUCGCCUUCUCGGAGUCUUAUCCUAGGGCCGGCGUCGCUUGCGAUCGCCAAAAGCUGUUUUAAACCGGCAUCCGAAGACGCUGCUCCGAUCCAAACCUGGGCGCCAAGUCUCCGUUGCAAACCAAACCUCGGUGCCGAAAACGGGGCGUGCCGGGGGUUUCUCCUCAAAGCAGGGUUUAAGAAAUCAGGGACAAUGUCGGGGAUGCCCCAGGCAUUCAUAGUUUGUUCUAUUUUUGUAGUUUAAAAGGUUAGCGCAAUGUUGCGGAGGGUAGACAACGCACGCAAUGCAACGCAGGAAGGGACUUGGUUCUCUUCCGGUGACUUUUUCAACAUCAGGCUCACAAUUUGGAGGUCUUUUCCUGACUUUAAAACACAGCCUUUCCUCUUCUCUCCCAGUUCUUCCCAUCCUCUGAGUUAUAUUUAAGUAACUUGUCUAUAUUAGACACCCUUCGGUGAACGUCCCCCACAAUUCUCUAUUUUUGUCCCGCGGGAAGGAAAAGGACGCAAGUGCGUCAGUUGGGCUUUUGUCGUUAUAUAAUAAUAAUUAUUAUUAUUUUUCACAAUGUUAACUAUUUAUGAAGUUGUAUUUAAGGAUUAGCUCUUUUAAGGGGCGGACUUCUCUUUCUAUAGCGCAUCAUUAUAGGCCUUGCUUCGGAAAGGAUUUGAAGGAAACAGCAAGCGGAGAUGGUUUUAUUUUUGGAAGAAGAAGAAGAAGGAGAGAAAAAAGACUGGCGCUGAGUUGUGUAGUUUCUAGUCGCGAAAGGAGUAGCGGGACGCAGAAACAGGAAUCGGAAACAUCGGGCGGAGGCGCUGGGAGUGCGCAAAACAUCUCUCCAUCUCGGCCGCGUCGUGUUGUGGGUUUUUGUCGCUUGGUCGCCUGUGCCGCUGCCGCUUCUUUCUUUUUCCACGGACGCUGGGUUCUGCCCCCACUUCGCCCAUCGCUUCCCAAGAAAACGCGCGUGGACGGUUUUCUGGCCUCGUCGCCCGACGUGCACCGUGCAUUACGCGACUCCGUUGAAUAAAGUUCUCUUUGGUUCUUUUUCU